AUGGCAUCAGUGCCUUCCAUUGGAUCUCUGGCCCCAAACCAGUAUUAUCGAAAAUCCGGCGUUUCUUCAGGCACCUCUCUAACUGGCUCUGAUUCUGUUCACUUCGUAGAUGAUGACAAAUCCCAGCGAGGGUUACCUGAAGUGGCAGAAUCCACCUGGUGGUUUAAAUCCUUUCUCCAGUCUGAACAGGCAGAGAAGACCAGUUUGCUUGUGGGAACAAAUAACAAUUAUCUACUCCAAUAUAAGGAAUCACAGCUCCUCGGGGAAAUGGCUGAUCCCAGGACAGAAUCAACUAAAGAGGAUACUUUGUAAAACCAAAGUAAGG